CUCGGCAAGGUGACUGCAGCCAGGCACAGUCGCGUCAGGAUGCGUGCGGGUCAGAGGCAAGCACGAAGUUGUUAAUGAGAAAGACAAAUAAAAAAAAAGGAAGGAUGCAGAGUUGUGGGGUGAGUCGGGCGACAUAAGUGAAAGAAAAUAGUUAAAUACAAGAAUGAGAAAGAACAGUAAAGCGACUGUAGGCGUUCAGUGACUAUAACGGUGAUGGAGACCGUUACUGUGCUGGGGAGAGUUUAGGUUUGACGCGCGCUGGGGAAUUCAUUUCUUUGGAAAGGCUGGGCGAAUGAUGUGUGAUGGGCGAAUACCUACCUGGAUAUCUCUGGAUCACAAACCAACAGAAAGGUGUUUCCUCGGGAGAGGACGUAUGCGUAUGAGGGAGACAAAUACAAGUAACGAGAAAAGUUAGUUAGGAGACUGCUUUUGAUUUGAAACGUUUUGAACAUAUAUUUUUACGCGUAGGAGCCAUGGGAAAUAGUCACGUGUGAAUCCGUCAUUAAUCAGUUAUUAUUCGAAGUGCUUCCUAAACCAAAUGCAUCAGAGAGAAACAGAAACAUGUAUCUGGGUAAAGCUCUUCUGUUUGUCCUACUCUUAAACUGCGCGACCACAAGUCUAUCUUUCUCAACAUGCGCUACCGUAGAUAUAGACCAUGUGAAGCGGAAAAGGGUCGAGGCGAUACGGGGACAGAUACUGAGUAAGCUCCGGACGACCAGCCCGCCACACUCCCUGGGACCCAGUCAGAUCCCCUACCAGAUCCAGGCCUUGUAUAACAGUACCCGGGAGUUGCUUGAGGAGUUGGGGAGAGACCGGCAGCAAAGUUGUGGCCAAGACAACACGGAGACCGAAUAUUAUGCCAAAGAAAUAUACAAGUUCAACAUGGUCCAAGGGCCGCCUGAAAACAAUGACCUUCCCUACUGUCCUAAAGGAAUCACCUCCAAAGUGUUCCGUUUCAACGUCUCGGUGAUGGAGAGGAACUCCACCAACCUGUUCCGAGCCGAGUUCCGAGCUCUGAGGGUUCCAAACUCUGCUGCCAUUAGGAAUGAACAGAGGGUCGAGCUCUACCAGAUCCUGAGGCCAGACGAGCACAUAGCUAAACAACGCUACAUUGGAGCCAAGAACGUGCUGACCAAGGGAACGCCAGAAUGGGUCUCCUUCGAUGUGACAGAGACGGUACGGGAGUGGCUGAUGUACAGAGAGACCAACCUGGGUCUGGAGAUCAGCGUGCACUGCCCCUGCCACACCUUCAACCCCAACGGUGACAUCAUCGACAAUGUGAACGAGGUGCUGGAGGUCAAGUUCAAAGGGAUGGAGGGGGAGGAGGACCUGGGUCGUUGGGACCUGGGUCGUCUGAAGAAGAAGAAGGAGCAGUACCCACCUCACCUCCUCCUCAUGAUGAUCCCUCCUCACCGUCUGGACGCACAGCCACGCAGACGCAAACGGGCCCUGGACACCAACUACUGUUUCUCCACUGUUGAGGAGAACUGCUGUGUUCGUCGUCUCUACAUUGACUUCCGUCGGGACCUGGACUGGAAGUGGAUCCACGAGCCCAAAGGAUACUUCGCUAACUACUGCUCUGGACCCUGCCCCUACCUGAGGAGCUCCGAUACCACACACACACAGCUGCUGAGCCUGUAUAACACUCUGAACCCAGAGGCCUCGGCGUCUCCCUGCUGCGUUCCCCAGGACCUGGAGCCCCUUACCAUCCUCUACUACUCUGGACGCACCCCCAAAGUAGAGCAGCUAUCCAACAUGAUCGUCAAGUCCUGCAAGUGCAGCUGAGGAGGCCGGGAGUAGGCCAAAGCCAGGGAGUAGGGUAGGGGCGCUGGCCCACGGAGGUGACCUGUAUUGGGGCACCGGAGCCAGCCAGCCUGCCUAGCUGUGGAAGACGAGACUACCACCAUCCAUGUUAUUUGUGUUCGGACUAUGUUGCCUGCCACGUGGCCUAGAUCUUAACACCACUUGAACUGAAGGACCCUAUCCUUGUGUGAGGAGGACAUAGUAUGUUAGACUUUGGGAUCCUAACUUCUAAUCUUCGUUUUUGAUUUGUUCAGUUUAGAGAUGCCAUGUAGUUUCAUUUUCAAUUUUUCAAACUGGGUUUCCUUCCCUUCCUACAAACAGUGGGCAUUAUUCAUAACACAAAGGAGAAAGGACAGACUAGCCGCCGUAUCCAAAGACAUAACUGCAGUCAGGCAGAGGGGAAGGAAAAAGGACAGACUAUGAGACGGAGAGAGAGAGAGAAGAGAAUGCCUGCAGGAUUUGCAAUGGAAAGUAAUGUGAGCAGGAGAGAUAGAAGCCAAGCUUCUUUUCAUUUUUUGGCCCGACACAGCAGUGACCAUUUUUUGUUUGCUUCCAAACGCAAACGGAGUGGAAGGAAGAAGGACUUUUACGGAUGGAGGAGGAUAUGAUAUUGUGGCUACUACCACCGCUGCUCUCUUUCGAGACUUUCUUGACAUGUUAGAAUUUUCAAAAACAAAUCGGACCCAAACACAACAUGCUGGAAAAUAACAUAGAUCUGAAAAACUCUUAAUUAUGAUUUUUUUUUUUCUUCUUUCAAUUGGCAGAUAUUCUCUGUUAUGCAGCGUGUUGUCGUGGUGAUUGAUGUAAUGUUGAUGUGUAUCUGUCUAUUGCCCCUAGAAACCCUUUUAUAUUAAACUAUGGUCCUCGUCACAUGAA